AUGAAACUGCUGCGGAUCUGGGCAUGCUUCCGGCUAAUCUUCGUGCUGGACUGUGCUCAGGCUGAGUAUGUGGUGAGCGUGGAUAGCUUUGUGUUCGAUCCAAUAGACCGAGAAGUGGUUCUUUCGCAGAGCGCUACCAUUGAGCAUGUUGGCAAUCGUAGCUAUCUCUCAGGGCAUUUGUAUUUGGGUAGAGCAGUUGACAAUCUCAUUGCGCUAGGCUCUUUGGAAAUAUCGCGUCCAAAAUUGCCACGCGUUCGUCUGUUCAAUUCGAAAUUUGAUCUUUGCGGGUUUUUAAAAAAUGACUACAAAAGCAAAUUCCUGCAACAGUUUCACUACAGAUUCGUGACCUUUACUAAUGUGCGCCCACUUUGUCCUCUGAAACCGCAUCUGAAUUAUACGCUCGAACGCAGCUACCUAGAUGAACGCAUUCUGCCCGAAUUGCUGCCCGAGUGCAGCUACUUUUUGAACGUGGAGUUUCUGGAGAAGGCCAAACGCUUAGCCGAAAUGCACAUUUCCGGCCAACUACAUCCCGUUAACAAAAAAAAAGGUCCGAAGAAUCACGUCAAACUUUAA